CCCCAUCCUACCUCUUCCCUUCUCUCUCUAGGCAUUAUUCCUCUGAUUUCUUUAACUGCGCCUCUCUCUCACACACACUUUUUAUUCUCCUACCUGGGAGGUUUGGACACUGCCAAUCCCAUCUUUCUCUCCAUCAUCACCAUCCCUGUCUUUAUAGUACUACACUAAUAGUAGGGUAGCAUCAUCUUCUCUCUCUAGCUCCUAUACAUGUAACCUCUCCCUCUUCACACACGCUCAAACGCAAACCCCCGUACAAGAAUGAUACGCCACUCAUGACCAAAUCACUCAGAUCAAUUCCAGUACCUCUUCUUCCUCCUUAGCUUGCAACACCCAAGAAGUUUGCAACAAGAUUCCUUCCACAGCAUCAGGAGGACUAGCAGGGCGACGACGAUGGCAACUCCUGAUCUCUCCCUCCACAUCAGGCCUCCGUCGCCAGCGGCAACAGCCGGCGAGAUGCAGGCCGUGGAGCCGAGGCUGCUGCUGGGGCUAGAGCUCGACACGGCUGCAGCGCCGCCGCCGGCGGUGAUGAAGGCCGACGACGCGGCUGCGCAGCGGCACGGCGGCCUCCAGCAGGUGCAGCGGCGGCGGCGGCCGCUGCACCAGCCGAGCCAGACGGCCCACGGGUUCAAGAAGAGCUCGGGCGGCACCGGCGGCGGCGGCGGCGGAGGGAGGAGGAGCGCCAGGGCUCCGCGGAUGCGGUGGACCACCGCGCUGCACGCGCACUUCGUGCACGCCGUCGAGCUCCUUGGCGGCCAUGAGAGAGCAACACCAAAGUCAGUAUUGGAACUGAUGAACGUGAAGGAUCUUACACUAGCCCAUGUCAAGAGCCACCUGCAGAUGUACAGGACAGUGAAGGGCACAGACAGAUCAUGCUUUGCAGGCCAUGGGCAGGCCAGAGACAUGGCCUUUCUGAGAAGAGGUGCUGCUGGUGAAGUGGAUGGCUUUGAUGUUUUCAACAGCAACAGCUCGGUCAACACCACCACUACCUUCAACAACGAUACUGCUAGGAGGUCACGGUCUCCAUCAGGAGAGCUGGAGCAGCAGCGGCUGGAUCAUCAAGAAGCAGCAGCGGCCGCUUGUGCUUGGAUCCACGCCCACCAGCGGCUCCAGAGCUGCGAUGAACUGACGCUGCAGCCACCGCCAUGCCGCCUGCGGCCUGCAGCUGACCGCCUCUUGACGACGACGACCACGGAGCAGCAAUGCCAGCAGCAGGGAUCAAAGGGAGGAGAGCAAGAUCAUCUCGGAGAAGGUGCCGUCGUUGUUCAUCAUCUCGCGGACGAGACUCCGGAGAAAUUACCAUCCCCGGCGCCACCCCAUGACCACCACGCAGGAAGCGGCUUCUUCCAGCUGCCGUCGCCGACGAACAACACGAGCAGCAGCGGCGACACGGCCUCGAGCUCCGAGUGGCUCCAGCAGCGGCGCCACUACUGCAGCGGCGGGGGCGGCAUGAGCGUCAGGCUUCCGGCCGCCGGACUGUCGGCCCCGCCGCCGCCGCCGAGCCUGGAGAUGAGCCUGGGAAGGCAGGGGUGGCAGAUGGAGCAGCACGUCGGCGCCGAGUUCGAGUUCGAGUCGUCGUCGCCGGCGGCGGCGGCGCCCAACGAGCUAGCCAUGCUCAAGUGCUUGUGAAAUUGUUUAGUUAUUUCUUGCUAAUUAAUUAACUGCUUAAAGCUAGCCUAAUUUGCAGUCAAGACUGUUAGCCAUGCCGUUGAAAUCCAUGUCCGAUGAGCUAAUCUUAUCUUCGCCGUCUUUUGUUUGUUUGUUU